UUACAGAAGGAGUUUGUGGGAUUUGCUGACUUGCUCCUCUAAAUCAGGGGAGAAAUUGCCAAAGAAUUCUGAAAACAGUCUGGAAUUACUUGCAUUUAACAACCAUGGUGAACAAUCAUGAAGAGAUUGACUAGAUCCCUGUUCCUGAUCUUCUGCAAGAGCUAGAAUUCUGCAGUUUUGAUGAUGGUCCAAACAUCCAUGAAAUUCAUUCCACUGGAAAGAUUACUUCCAGACGACUGAUUAAACUUGCUGAGGAUGCAGCAAAACCAGCAAAAGUCAACUUUGUGUUUCUUCCAUCACUUCAUUGCUAAUUGCAAGUACCUGAAGUAAAGACCUCUAACAUACUGGUGAAAGCGUGCGAAGUUUCUUUGGCCCUUCAGCACUGCAACUUUGCCUUAUCUGCAGAAGAGCCAACAAGAGGCAGGCUUUCUGCAAGUGACCUUGUCAGCAGAACUGGCCCUUAUGCUUGGAGCAGCAGAUUGCACUAAGCCCUCUGCAUAACCAGACAUCUCCAUCUGUCUUCACUUGCAGCUCCUGAGAAAAGACCGCUGCAUUAUCAGUGCUGUAGCUGCAAGCAUGACUUGACUGAGUUGCAUUCAUGGCUCUUGGAUGAUCUGGUGAACCAUGGAGCUCAAAGUAUGGGUGGAUGGAGUGCAGAGAAUUGUCUGUGGAGUCACCGAAGUCACAACAUGUCAGGAAGUUGUAAUAGCCCUUGCCCAGGCUAUUGGGCGCACCGGGCGCUACACGCUGAUCGAGAAGUGGCGGGACACCGAGCGGCACCUGGCGCCGCACGAGAACCCCAUCGUGUCGCUCAACAAGUGGGGGCAGUACGCCAGCGACGUGCAGCUCAUCCUGCGCCGCACCGGGCCCUCCCUCAGCGAGCGGCCCACCUCGGACAGCGUGGCUCGCAUCCCCGAGAGGACGUUGUACCGGCAGAGCCUGCCGCCCCUGGCCAAGCUGCGGCCCCAGACUGACAAGGCCAUGAAGAGGAGGGAGCCCAAGAGGAAGUCCCUGACCUUCACUGGCGGGGCGAAAGGGCUGAUGGAUAUCUUUGGGAAGAGUAAGGAGUCCGAGUUCAAGCAGAAGGUGCUCAACAACUGCAAAACGACAGCGGACGAGCUGAAGAAACUGAUUCACCUCCAGACGGAGAAGCUGCAGUGCAUUGAGAAGCAGCUGGAGUCCAACGAGGCUGAGAUCCGGUACUGGGAGCAGAAGUACAAUGCCAGCCUGGAGGAGGAGAUCCUCAAGCUGGAGCAGAAGAUCAAGAGAAAUGAAGUGGAGAUCGAAGAGGAGGAGUUCUGGGAGAACGAGCUGCAGAUUGAGCAGGAGAAUGAGAAGCAGCUGAAGGAGCAGCUGCAGGAGAUGAGACAGCGCAUCCUGGAGUGCGAGGGCAAGCUGAAGGACUACAUGUCCCAGAUCCACAACAUGGAGAGCGGCCUUGAGGCAGAGAAGUUGCACCGGGAGGUGCAGGAAUCCCAAGUCAACGAGGAAGAGGUCAAAGAAAAGAUCGAGAAGGUGAAAGGUGAAAUCGAUAUUCAGGGCCAGCAGAGUCUGAGGUUGGAAAACGGCAUCAAAGCUGUAGAAAGAUCUCUGGGCCAAGCUACCAAGCGGUUACAGGACAGGGAACAAGAACUAGAGCAACUGACAAAGGAGCUGCGACAGGUCAAUCUCCAACAGUUUAUCCAGCAAACAGGAACGAAGGUCACAGUGCUGCCAGCAGACCCUGUUGAGGUGGAGGCCCCACCUGUGGAGCUCGAGAGAGAGCCGACAUUUCAGUCGGGGUCAUUGAAGCGCCCUGGGUCAUCGAGGCAGCUCCCCAGUAACCUUCGGAUCCUGCAGAAUCCCCUGUCGUCUGGUUUUAACCCGGAGGGCAUUUAUGUAUGACACUAUAUACCUCUAGGAGAGGACCUAGCAAGGUACCCUGGACAAGAUACACUUUUCUUUUGUUCUGCCAAUGAUCAA